UUGCUGUUUUGUACUCUACUUUUUGUUCGUAUUUGCUCCUUUCUGUCCAUGUUUUAUAUUUGCUUCACCGACUCACAUGCACCAACUCAGGUUUUUCAAAAGAAUCUUCAUUAAGUGAGUCACUUUCUGUUUUCCUCUGUUCAUGUCAUACUGAAUUUUUUUUUUUUGGUUUUUUCUUGUUUUGUUUAUUGUUUAGUUUUUGUUUGAAGUUAGUGUGAGUUCGAAGUUUUGCUUAGUGGGUUAGGGUUCUUUUUCGUUUAAAUUAGUUGUUUAGUUCAAUCUGUGAAUCCUGACAUCACUGCACAAUUGCUAGUUUUUUUUUUUUUUUUCCAUUUCUUGCUUUUCUGUUUUUAAAUUGUUGUGUGUGAUUCUAAUUUAAGCCUUGCUGUAUGUAAUUUUCAAGCGUGCUGAUAUUAUUAUUGCUUUCAGAAUCAGAACUUUUUUAGGUCAACCAGAGAUGCUAGGUUCUUUCGAAUUCAUGAUCGAAAUCUUAUUCAUCAAAUACAUUAGUUUUGACUUUGAGUGAAAUUUUAGUGUGUUGUAGAACAAGAUUUAGGGUCAACCACAAGCUUAGGUGUUUAAAAUUAUACCAAAAGGCUAUAUUGUAUGCUUUAUGUGUGAGUUGAAUGAAAGUGUGGGUAGGUAUUCUUCCUGCUAAAUUGCAUUUCUGAUUGCAGUUGACAAAAACAAAUUUUUGUUGAUGAUGUUUCUGCGACUUCAACAGAUUGGGUUUUUGGAUACUGGCAAAGACAAUCCUUCCUGGAAGUUCCUCUUUUUGUUUUUCAUCUUUACUGUUCUAUUGUGUUUUGGUUCAUGAUACUGUUUGACAAUAGGUUCACUAGUCUUUGCUUGAUAGAAAGUUGAAGAAUUGUCGAUAUGGAUGAUAGCACUUUUUCACCUAAUUCAAAGUCUGGAGCCUUUCCAGAUACUGCCAUGGAUUUUGAUUUCAUUGAUGAGCUCCUGAUGGAAGGAUGCUGGUUAGAGACAACAGAUACAUUGGACUUUUUACUGCCGGGCCUUUCAAGUUCUGGUGCUGUUAAUGAACCACCACAAUUGUUGCCUAAUUCAGAGUCUAAUCAACAAGUUUACGAAGAACAAACAGAAAGGAAGUUCUCUGAAAAUUCUUCACAAGUUAUUGCAGAAGUCGAAGAGCGGCAGGAAACUGGUUCUCAAAACCCUGCAGGUUUUGAGACUACUGUUCAAUGUGGGAAUUUUCCUGUUGAAGGAACUGAGUCAGGUAGAAGUUUGUGGAUUCCACCUAGUGUGAGUUCUGGUCCUUCAUCAGUGAAGGACAGAUUAUUUCAGGCUAUUAUUCGUCUGAAAGAGUAUGUAAAGGAUAAGAAUGUCCUUAUUCAGAUAUGGGUGCCUGUAAGAGCUGAGGGCAGACAUGUCCUUACUACUGUUGGCCAGCCAUAUUUCCUAGGUCCAAAUUGCAAGGGUCUUGAAAGUUACAGAACUGUAUCAGAAGCCUAUCAGUUUGCAGCUGAUGAGAAUUCUAAAGAAUUGGCUGGGUUGCCUGGUCGAGUUUUCUUGAAUCAGUUGCCUGAAUGCACGCCUGAUGUUCGUUUUUUCAGAAGUGAUGAGUACCCACGGGUUGGUUUUGCAAAACAGUAUGAUGUACAUGGAUCCCUUGCCCUUCCUGUUUUUGAACGAGGCAGUAGGACUUGCUUGGGUGUCAUUGAGAUGAUCACAACCAGUCAAAAGACUAAUUAUCGCCCAGAUCUUCAAAAUGUCUGCCAAGCUCUGAAGGCUGUGAAUCUUAGGAGUUCACAAAACUUCAGCACGCCCUGUGCAAAGGUUUGCAGGAAGCCAUACCAUGCAAGAUCACACGAGAUAGCAGAAGUUUUGACCUCUGCCUGCCAGAGACAUUGCUUGCCUUUAGCUCUGACAUGGGUCUCAUGUGACGGUGAAAGUGAAAGUGGAUGCCUGCAGUCUGAUGAGAAUUCUGCUCAUUGUUUUUUUACUAUGGAUCCUGCUUGCUUUGCAGCUAAUGAAAAACUAUCAGGCUUUCUUGAUGCAUGCUCCGAGCACCAGCUCCUUCAAGGCCAAGGACUAGUUGGGAAAGCAUUCUCAACAAGAAAACAGUGUUUUGCAGCUGAUAUAACUGCAUUUAGCAAGUCAAAGUAUCCGCUCUCUCAUCAUGCUCGGUUAUUUGAUUUAUGUGCCGCUGUAGCAAUUCCACUAAGGAGCGUAAAAACUGGACUUGUGGAAUAUGUCUUGGAAUUUUUCUUGCCAAAGGAAUGCCAGGACCCUCAAGAGCAAAAGUGGAUGCUGAACUCGUUGUCUACAUUUAUACAACAAUCUUGCCAGACUUUAAAUCUUUCCAUGGCAAUGGAGCUGGACGAAGUUGUAUUAGCCAUUACAGAAUUGGGAGCUGCUUCAGAUGGUUCUUCACCUUCGAAAGAAACAUCUCCAGAGCAGUCAUCUGGGGUUGCACACAUGAUAGAGGCCCAACAAAAGGGUAAGAGUGUCUCUGUCUCAUGGGAUUUUCAUAAAGAACAAAAAGAAGAGCUCAAGGUGAUGACAGAUUGGGAUGAUCCUACAGGAGAAUCAUACCAUCAGCAGGUUUUUCCAGAGCUUGGGCAAUUUCAGCAGAAUUCUGAGGCCAGAAUUAGUGUUCAGGGUAGUGGAGACUCUUCUUCCCUUGGUGGCCUUCAUUUGGAAGGAAGCAGAAAAGCAGGAAAGAAGAGGCGCACCAAGAUGGAGAAGACAAUCAGCUUGCAAGUUCUUCAACAAUACUUUGCUGGGAGCCUUAAAGAUGCUGCUAAGAGUAUUGGCGUGUGCCCUACAACUCUAAAAAGGAUAUGCAGGAAACAUGGGAUCACCCGUUGGCCUUCGCGAAAGAUUAAGAAGGUUGGCCGCUCGUUAAGGAAACUCCAACUUGUGAUUGAUUCUGUCCAAGGUACCGAUGGUUCUAUCAAACUUGGAUCCUUCUAUAACAGCUUUCCAGAAUUGAGCUCCCCAAGCUUUUCUGGGAAAGAUCCUUGUUCAUCAACGAAGACAGGUGAACAUUCGAAGCCUUUAAAUCACCAACCUGACACUGGUUUAGGAACAGGUUUUACUGUUACAAAAUCCCCAUUUUCCUCAUGCAGUCAGAGCUCUGGUUCAAGCACUUCUUGUUCCACUGGUGCAAACCAGAAUACAACUACUGUCAAUGCAUUGAGCGGUGGAGAUGCAUUGAAUGUAGAAGACUCUGGUGGGAUGCUGAAGCAAGUUUGCAGUGAUGCAGAAUUAUAUGCCUUAAAUCAGGAAGACCCGAAACUUCUUGCAAGAUCACAAAGCCAUGAGCCCCUACCUCCCUUGCCAAAAAAUAGAAACCACACCCCACAAGAUCACGGUACCUUGAGAGUCAAGGUAACUUUCGGAGAAGAAAAAAUACGGUUCAGCCUGCAACCAAACUGGCAGUUUAAAGACAUCCAACAAGAGAUUGCAAAGCGUUUUAGUAUAGACAAUUUCAGUACAAUCAAUCUCAAGUAUCUGGACGAUGAUCUUGAGUGGGUUCUUUUGACAUGUGAUGCUGACCUAGAGGAGUGUAUAGACAUAUAUAAAUCAUCUCAAAAACAUACAAUCAAGAUCUCCCUUCAUGCAGCUUCUUACCUGAAACCAAGGAAGGCUGUGCUCAGCUCUGCGCCAACCUAAAAGAUUUAUUUCUGUUGGUUCCUGGGGCCAGAAUUCAAUAUAUACAUGGUUAGAAUGAUGUGGAGCUGGCAGCUUGUCAAAGUGGUGGGAGAUUUUGUUAAAUGGUUUGUAGUCUGUAAAUAGUGAGGGUUGAAAGCUUCAAUGGUGCCGCAAAUUCAAUGUUAACUUUCCAGUUUUAAUCGUACCUUCCUUGAAUGUACAGUCAAUUUUCAUUUUGUGAACCUCAUUGAACACGAUAUUUAGUAGUUUUGUAUUGAGCAAAAAUCUUAUUGCUCAAAGGGUCCAAACCCUGAAUAACAAUAUUUAGCAAUGCAAGAUACUACAGAUAUUCUUGAUUA